CAAAACCCUCUCACUUGGCACCACUCGACCAGAGUCCACAGUCCACAGUCCAUAGUCCGUCCACAGUGUACUGACCAAGUAGUGCUCAGAAUUCAGGGAGCCCACCGCCAUGGCUUCCCCUAAGCUUCUCCUCCUGCUCGCCACCCUCCUCCCAAGCUGCGGCCUCCUCCUGGCGGACUUCGCCCCGAUGACCCUCACCGUGGUGAACAACUGCGCGUACCCGAUUUGGCCGGGCAUCCAGGGGAGCGCCGGCAGCGAGGUCCUGGAGGGGGGCGGCUUCUUCCUCCCGUCGCUCUCCCACCGCUCCUUCCCGGCGCCCACCCACGCCUGGUCCGGCCGCAUCUGGGCGCGCACCGGCUGCACGCCUGCAGGGGCCGGGCAGCUCCGCUGCGCCACGGGCGACUGCGGCGGGCGGCUCCAGUGCGGGGGCCUCGGCGGCGCGGCGCCCGCCACGCUGGCGCAGGUCUCCCUCCACCACGGCGGCGACGACCAGUCGUCGUACGGGGUGAGCGUGGUGGACGGCUUCAACGUGGGACUGUCGGUUACCCCGCACGAGGGCCGCGGCAACUGCCCCGUCCUCGCCUGCCGCAAGGACCUGACGCAGAGCUGCCCCGGCGAGCUGCAGGUGCGCGCGGCGGCGGGCGGCGGCGUGGCCGCGUGCAAGAGCGGCUGCCUGGCCUUCGGCACCGACGAGCUGUGCUGCCGCAACGCGUACAACAGCCCGGCCGCCUGCCGCCCCUCCAAGUACUCGGACUUCUUCAAGAACGAGUGCCCGCAGGCCUUCACCUACGCGCAUGACAGCCCCUCGCUCACCCACCAGUGCUCCGCGCCGCGCGAGCUCAAGGUCAUCUUCUGCCACUAGACUAGAGGUAGUCCAGCGGCGCUCGCGGUGCCGCCGCCGGCCGUCAGCAGCUAUGUCUGGGUCUGGGAUCGAUGUGGUGUAGUGCGUGUCAUCUCAUCUGUCAUGUGUGAGUGUUCGAUUAGGCUUUGGAGACUGCCAGGCUGACCGGAGUGCUUGGUGUAGUUCGUGCUCUGUAGGCGUUCACCUCUCGUCUAGUAGUAUGGUGUUAGCUGCUCUGAUUCCAGUCUGAAAUAACAUGUUUAGAUGGGCAUUGAUCUGAUCACAUGUUUCAAUCACGCCUUUUGUGCAUUUGAGUUCAA